CUUUCAGAAGUCAGAUCCUUCAUAAAUAUAGACCAUAAAAAAGUCAUAAUAAUUGUGGUUCUCUGUUUCACACACAGUGUCUCUAGUAAGUGUGUGCAUUGUGUGCAGAUUCCCUUCGUGUAGUUCUUCUCUUGACAGUGUAUCAACUUCUCUCUUUUUCUUUUAAAAGAUCCUUUAUCCUAAAAUCUGUUCAAAAUGAUAACAUUUAAUUGCCUUCUGCUAGUGUACAAUAAUGUUUGCCAGCUGCUUAUGACAUGUAUUUGAUUACCUUGUCACAAAUCAAGUGCCGAUGUUGCCAUAUGAAAUGCGCAUCUUUUCGUCUUCCACUUUCCGCCAAAUGUUUGCCACCGUCGCCAUACCUGUACCUCCUUCAACUACCAACAUGUCCUCCCCUGCAACUUCCUCCUCCUCCAUACUCGAUCUUAAUCACAAUCAGUUCAUUGUUCCUGUUGAUGCCAGAAGAAAGUCAAUCAGUGCAUCCUCCUCCUCUUUCAUCAACACAUACCGAUUCAAUGUCAGCAUUUCUAGAUCCUUCUGGAACAUCUCUUAUCCUUCUCUCAUCACAUUUAGACCUAUAUCUCCUGUCAUGGAAUGUCAAGAUUGCAGGGUCAAAAUGGAAGUAGAUGUGCCGACUUCAGUUGCUUAUAAGUGCUAUUCUGAUCAUGAUGCUAUUCCUGAAUGGAUGCCUUUUAUUUCAUCUGUAAAGAUGGUGGAGGAUAAGCCUGACUUAUUUAGAUUGUUGCUGAAGUAUAAAGCUUUUGGGCAGGAUCUUUAAUAUUCAUGGCUUGCUCGACAUAUGCAGCCUACUCCAAACCAGAAGCUCCACUGGAGAUCUGUGGAGGGCCUUCCUAACAGUGGAGCUGUGCGAUUUUUUCCCAAUGGCCCAUCAUCCUGCAUCAUAGAACUAAUAGUUUCAUAUGAAGUACCUCGAUUGUUGGUUCCAGUGGAAUCAGCAUUGAAACCAUUUUUUGAAAACCUGCUGGCACAAGGGUUGGACGCUUUGCAACAUUUGCUAAGAGCUACUCAGCUGACGCGCACCUAAAUGAUUUAUAAACUAAAUUCAUGCCAGUAAUGGCUCACUGUCUCUGACUUUUUAUGUUGGGGGAAGAAGCAAAAAGAAUUGUACAAUUAUGGGGAAUAGAUUUUUAAAUGUGCUAAAGAUGAACUCUAAAUUCUUGGAUAUUGUACCAGAUAUAAAACCGUUAAGAAAUUAAGGGUUCGUUUGGUAGAAAAAAAAAAAGAUUGCCUUGUCUAUUGGCUGCAUAUGCGAUUUUUAGGGUUCAACAAAGGAAACAAAAGAAAAUUUCAACUUCAGUGGUGGAAUUUUGAGGCUUAUGGCUCUGAUGAAGCCUUUUAUUCUUUUAAUCAUUGACAAAAUUAAUUGAUAUAGAAUAUGACGAUGAUUCUCUUUCAAAUAUCACAUAAGAAGAAUAAUAUCCCAAACAUCAGUAAAAAGUCCCGAUCAGUACGCCAUCAAGACUUGCCAGUUGAUAUUUAGCAGUCUUCCACAAGGAUGAUAUUGAAUCUACCAUCAAGAAUUGCCAGUUAUGUAUUAAGGAUGGUUCACUCAUUCAUCUCCAGCACUUUUUAAUGCUGGAAGCCUGAAACUAAGGGCCUAGGUUAACUGGUCUUACUUCUUACUGCUGUGUUUUUUUUCUUGAUCCCGUUCAACCACGUCCUGAUGAAUUUGUUCUUCUAUGUUGUAAGACCUGUUUCAUAUCCAACACUUCUUUUUUGGUGUUAAUACUUAGGUUAUGUUUUGAGACUUUGUAUGUCACAAUACCGUUUGGAACUUGUUGACAUGGUUUAGGAGGGACCACGACCACCGUGAAGGAAAAUAUUGGCCAUCAUGAUCGAACAUAAGGCAUCUCUUUCGCGAUGAGUAUUCUAGCCGUGUUGACUUCAGUCAACUGUACAGGUGUCACAAGGAGGGAUAGCAAUAUCGAUGAGCUGCUGAACAGCAUAGAAACCUGGGUUCACAAAAAACAACAGCUAUAUUUUUCCUGUUCAGUAAAAAUUUCCAAAAUUUGCUUACAUUGUUUCUUUUGUGAUUUGCAAUUAGAUAGCUGGAAGGCAUACAUGAAAACUCUUAAGGAGUGUGCUGUCAUUAGCAAACCAGCUGGAGGAAUUUGCGUAGAUGUCCACAACAUAGUGCUACUCGGAGUUAUUCAUGUCAUACAUUAUACUUGAGCAGUGCACUUUCAUUGGACCUGAUUCUCUUUUGCCCUACACAUUCUGAAGAUACAGAACUAGCUAUAUUUCAGUUGAUCCGGUCUGAUCCAGUGAUGGCAGAUCAUGCUGAUCCUACAUAGAGAAAAAGAACAGACUUUUUAACUCCGCCUGUGUUUGGAUUCUACUAUUCCACAGCCGGUCCCAAGCCUGGAAAAAGGAGGAGGGCUUAUUGUCUUUUAGAAGUCGGAUCCUUCAUAAAUAUAAACCAUAAAAUAACCAUAAUAGUUGUGGUUCUCUGUCACACACACACUGUCUCUAGUAAGUGUGUGCAUAGCGUGCAGAUUCCCCUCGUGCAGUUUUUCUCUUGUCAGCAUAUCCACUUCUUUCUCUUUUUCUUUUAAAAGACCCUUUAUCCUAAAA